UUCCAUACAGGGCACACUCACUCAUACCAGGCUGAACGAAAAGAAAACAGAGCACCACUAAAUAAUUAUAACUUUUAGAUUCAAAGUUAAAUCCGCAAUAUGCUUUAAUCAGAACAAAGAAUUUCUAACUCAUUUAUACCCUGUUCAAGAUGAGCCUUCAGCGUGCCCUGCCUCACCAGCUGUUGAGUACGGUCUUCCAGACGAGCCCCCUGCACUUCUAACCAGGUCUGGACGUCCAGUUGAGCUGAGCCGAGCGCAAGUCCAUUAGCUACUGUUACUAGCAGAUACCCUGGUGCACUCAUGAGCCAGCUUGACACUGCCAGCGGAGACCUCAUCGAGGAGCUGAUGCAGCUCACAGCACAGAGCCUCAGCCGUCUGGAGAUCAGGGAACACUUCAACGUGAUCAAGGAAAUCGGCCGAGGGAAGUACGGCAAGGUUCUUCUGGUCAUCCACAAGUUCAGAGGUACCCCAAUGGCCCUCAAAGUGAUGCCAAAGACCUCUACCAAGCUACAGGGGUUUUUGCGUGAAUACUGCAUUUCUUUGCAUGUGUCUUGCCACCCUUGCAUCGUCGGGUUGUUUGGUAUUGUAUUCCAGUCAGAAGAGCACUAUGUCUUUGCACAAGAGCUUGUCAUUGGGAAGGACCUCUUUUCUGUUAUUCAGCCCAAGGUAUGCAUCCCAGAGAAGGCAGUCAAGCGCUGUGCUGUGCAGAUUGCUGAAGCACUCCAGUUCAUCCACAGCAAGGGCUUGGUCCACAGAGACAUAAAACCUGAAAAUAUCCUACUGCUAGAUCAGGAAUGCUGCCGAGUGAAACUGGCAGAUUUUGGAUUGGCCCAGAAGAGAGGUACACUGAUCAGGAUGGUCUCAGGAACUGUGCCUUAUAUGGCUCCAGAGCUGUGCGCUGUCAAUAGUAAAGGUCUGUGUGUAGAACCCAGCUUGGAUACCUGGGCCUUUGCUGUCCUUCUUUUCUGCAUCUUAACAGGAUACUUCCCCUGGGAAAGCUGCACCCCAAGCGACGAUUUUUUUCAGGAGUUUGCAGAGUGGAGCAAUGGCAUCCCUGAUGCAGAAAUACCCUCACAAUGGAAGCGUUUUACUGACAGUGCCCUUGCUAUGUUUAAGAAGCUUUUGGCCGUAAAUCCUGAUGAUCGCUAUUGUGUAAUCGAAGUCCUUGAGUACAUAGACAAGGAAUGGGUAAAAAGAGAGGACUCAGAUUCACAGGUUGCAAAAUGCAGUGAAGAUCAAAUUACUGCAUAGCAGCUCGCUGGCAACUCAAAUCUAAACAUCAAAAGGACAGCUAGAAGUGUCCUACAAGAUGGCUGUAAAUAAUUCAUUUAGACAGAAUAUUGUAAUGUAAAUUUAACUAGAUGCAUAUGUUUAACUCGAGUUUCAUCUGUAAAUAAGAAAAUACUGCUUAAAAACAAAACAAUCAUUUCAUUGGUUAGUGUGGCUCCAUCAAAGUGACUAAAGCAUUUCAAAUCUUGAUCUAGCCAGAACACUAAACCUUCAAUAAUUUUUCCUCUGUCCUUAUUAUAGAACAAUGCCCUUUAAUUAAACUUUUUCAAUAAUCCUUAAUUGUUUAAACAUAGAUUAGGUAUGAUCUUUCAGCACCCAUCAGUAGUCUCAGUUAAGUUAGUGACAUUAUGACACACAUUGAAGAGAAACGUGGAGUUCCUGCAUUAUUCCCAGAUCCAGGUCUACCAUUUCCAGUAGCCAAGGCUAAGGCUAUGUCCACACUACUACAUUUUCAUUUAAAAAUGAAAACAAUUUCCAUAUAAACUAGCAUUUUCACAUCAUUUACAAAACUAUUUUUGUCCAUACUAAAAUAACCCAAAAACACUGAUGAUGUGAUUCACUGUGUGGAGCGAUUUUAAGCCCAAUUUUCCAGUCGCUAACUGAUUUUCUGAGUGAGCCCGAAUUUCAGCUUAAUUGGCUGUUGCUUCACAUGCAGUAUGAGAGUGGUUGCGAUGCCCAAUUGCAUCUUACGAUUGGGAUGUCGCACAAUCUGACAAAUUUCUAUCAAGUCAGAAAUUUCAGUCGGCUGUCUUGUAGUGUGAGUAGUCUCACGAGCUGAUUUUCAGAUGUCACCAUAAAAUUUUCCAAGUCAUGUCAUGUCAGUCGGACCAAACAAGCUUGUACAGAGCAUGGCAACUGUAUCAUGCAGCAUGACUUGUCACUUGACCAUGAUUUCAAACCAUCACACCAAAUGCAAUUUACAAUGCAUAUAGGUUAGCAACAGACCACGCGUCAUAGAAAAUAACUCUUCUAUGGCCUCUUUGUCAGAUCAGAAUAUGUUCUUGUUCGGUGAAUGGUGACAAGCCACGUAAUGAGCAGGAUCUAAUCAGGGAAGAGCCACGUAAUAAGUACAAACAAAUCCAGAGCACAAUGC